AUGCCGGGGGCAGCCAGCGAUCUUCUUCGCCCGCCGCCUCGCCUUGUUUCGUACGAGCCGCCAAAACGCCGCGUGUUGCGCCACACAAAGACGUCCGUCUCGCCGUUCCAAGUCGAGUCGAUCGCCGAGCAUCGUCGCCUCAAUCUCGGCUCGCACACGUCGUCCCAGCCGUCGUUGAACCCCGGACUUCAGUACCUCAAAUCCAUCCUGUAUAAAGACCCGUCAAUUGCUGGCAGCGACGUCCUCCGCGACCACUUUCAUGCGCUCGAGAAGCGCGACGAGGCAGAGGCGCUGGAGCACGCGCGGCAGCGAGAGGCCACCGCGCGUCAAAUGAUGAUGGCCGCGGAUGCCGAGAGCGCGGCGUACAAUGUGUUUGAAACCAAGCGGCUUGCGGACGUGCUCGCUGCCUACUUGACGGCGCAGAACGAGUCGUAUUUGCAGCAGGUGCAGGUCCGGCGCGAGUACCUCUACCGUGACUUCCAGGCGUGGCACGACCGGUCCCGCGUCUGCGACUGGACAUGUGAGCACUGCGGCGCGCACAACGUACGACUCUUGCAUCGCUGUGAACACUGCAACGAAGGACACCGCGAAGUGCAAGAGACCUCGCUUGGGCUAUGGGAGCUCGACCGCGCGGGGGCGACUUCUGCGUUUGGUGCCGGGCAGUACCGCAUCGACCGCGUCCAAAGCAACAGUCUCGGUCGCGAUCCAUUUCAAUUCGUGGUCUCUGAAGUGCCGCCCCGCAAGUGGUGGCAAGUGCCCGUGCUUCGGCGGUCGCCAAAAGAUCGGACCGGGCUUCGUAUUGUGCUAGGGCAAGCGGAAGUGAUCGGGACGGUCGACGCCGCCGGCCUUGUGAUUGAAUGGAGCGACGGCAUGCGCUGGCGCCGAGUCCAUGCCAACAAUUCCACAGCGCAGCGACGUGGCAUCGGUGGCCGUCCGCAAGUGUCGACGGAACGUCGCCGUCAACCGACCGCGGCGCGAGAGACACCGCGUGCGAUCGCCAAACAGCUCGAGCGCAUCGAUGGACACACGUCACUGGACGCGGUGCUGACAGCAAUGCGACAAAACAACAGCGCCGAAGUGCAAACGACGGGGUCGUUGGCCAUUUGCAAAGCGAUGCUCUCGGGACAAGACUACGCGGCGGUCGAGACUGAGAUCUUCUAUCGUGUUUCAAGUGCGCUCUCGAUCCAUCGGUCCGUGGUCACAGCCGUCUACGCCGCAACGAGUGUCCUCGUCACGUAUCUCGCGAUGUCGGCCGAGGCGAUGGUUCCGUGCGAUCUCUUGCGCUGCAUCCCGCUACUCAUCUGCGUUGCGUGCGACCACACGGCCAAGUCCGUCGUGCGGCGAGCGAUCGAGUUGCUCGAUAUCGUCGUCGAGCGAGGACAUGGUGGCUUUGUGCAUGCCUGCACGCGCCACGUCGCGAGCUACCGCGGGCAUGCUUGUCCUCUCUCCAUCGAGCUACGCAUCUACCUCGAUUCGAUGCAGAUGCACACGCUGCCUGAUGCGUCGCUCGUGGCCGCGCUCGGCUGCGUGGCACUUGGUCUGUUGUGA